CCAACCUACCUUUCAAUCUUGAACACUCUCAUCUCUGUUUCUGAACAUUUUCUUUUUCUUUUUCUUUUGGUUUUUCUGGGUUUCGUUUGCAGAGAGAUCUGAGAUGACUACGGUAAUGAGGAUGCUGCAGGUGGUGGUCAUGGUAAUUGCUGCUGUGAGUCUAAAUGGGAAGUGGGUUGCAGCCCAUGAGGUGCACCAUGUAGUUGGAGGGGACCAUGGCUGGGACGGACAAACCGACUUGGUUUCCUGGUUGUCCGGUAGAAGCUUCAUCGUUGGAGACAAGAUCUGGUUUGCAUACUCCGCGGCCCAGGGAAGCAUAGCUGAGCUGAAAAGCAAGGAGGAAUUUGAGGCGUGCGAUUUGAGCAACCCCAUCAGGAUGUACACGGAUGGCUUGGAUAGCAUCUCUCUAGACGGGGAAGGAAUCCGCUACUUUGCAAGCAGCAAUCCAGAAAACUGCAAGAACGGGCUGAAGCUACCAGUGGAGGUCGGGCAUGGUUCUCCGACAGUCACCGCCGUGACCCAGAGCUCUGUCCAAGCCUUGGCUACUGCGCCCACAUCUCCUUCUUGUGCAGCCCAUUUUAGUGGAGGUUUUGCUUUGUCGUUUAUUGUCCUGUGGCUUUGCUACGUUGUUGUCCAGACCGUUUAACUCUCCUUGUUCCGCCUUUGCUUAAAGCAUCAUCCUACGUUUUCUGUAAGAGCCAUUUAUGUUAAAAUUGCCUUCUGGGUUGAAUGAUGUGACCACUACUCGGCCUUAAAAAAACUAAAUGCCUUUUGAAUGCCUGAAGAUUAUAUGAUAGAAAGGAAAAAUUGCCCGAAAAGGUGCAUCA